AUCCAUUCCACUAAACCAAUCACUGCUCCUCACUCUUUCGCUUGUCAAAUAUAGCAGCCCAACUAGCGCUAGGCUGUUUAGCCCAUCCAUUCCGGAAGACAGGAUUUGACUAGUUCCUUCGCCGAGGUUGGUUAAAAAAAUCGUAGCAGUGCAAAAAUGGCGGCGGGCAACGUCAACCCGUUUAAUCUAAGCGAUUCCGAAGAGGAGGCUGAACGGCGACCGAAUGAAACGGCUGGUACAGAGAGGAGCCCGAGUGACGGGGCGCCAGGCCCCCCACCGGGCAAUCCUUUUUCCCUGCCUGCGGAUGCCGAGCCGCCGGCUGCCCUGCUGUCCGGCACCCGAACGAGCCCCAGCGUUGAGGGCAUCUCCCUGUCGGCCGCAGCCACCGCUGCCACGGCAGGCAAUGCGGAGACACGGGUGUCGGUAGAUGUGAUCGCCGCUCAGCUGCUAAGGGAUCAGUACAUCCUAACGGCUCUUGAGUUUCAUACCGAGUUGUUGGAAGCAGGGAGAGAGCUCCCGAGGCUGAGGGAUUAUUUUUCCAACCCGGGCAACUUCGAGCGACAGAGCGGCACUCCACCCGCUUCCAAAGACCAGGUACUCGGACCUGGAGGACCACUGAAUCGGGCCGGCAGCAUCAGCACCUUGGACUCUCUGGACUUUGCCCGUUACUCAGAUGACGGGAACCGGGAGUCAGAUGAGCGGGUGGCAGUGCUGGAGUUUGAGCUACGGAAAGCAAAGGAGACCAUACAGGCACUGCGCGCCAACUUGACUCAGGCAGCAGAGAGUGAAGUGCCCUCUCAGGAGAGGAAAAACUUCAAGUCGAGUCCUGAGAUACAGGAGCCUAUCCGCCCAUUGGAGAAAAGAGCCUUAAACUUCCUUGUGAAUGAAUAUUUGUUAAAGAAUGAAUACAAGCUGUCCUCCAUUACCUUCUCUGAUGAAAAUGAUGACCAGGACUUUGAAUUAUGGGAUGAUGUGGGCCUCAACAUACCCAAGCCCCCGGACCUCUUACAGCUGUACAGGAACUGUGGUGCCGCUGUCACUUCACCUCGGGAAACAGUUGAUGUGGCAGUGGAGGUGGACUUCGGUGAAUUCCCAGGGAACCACGUCACCCAAGAUACACCAAAAAAGCCUGACCUCUCACAGCAACAACAAACGGAGGUAGUUCAGGAGCUGGAGUACCAGAUCAGUCUUCUCAACACUGAGAAGCAGAGCCUCGCUGAGCAGAUCAAGAAACUGCAGAGUGAGAUUCAGACACUAAAGAGGACUGUUUCAUCCUCACCUCCGGCCACUUUGGACCUGAGCUCGAAGGCUGCACUGACUCCUUCCUCCACUGAGGCUCUCUCUAUGCCCCCAACAGACAACGGCCAGUACCUGGACAUCCGAGGCGUUUCAGAGACUGAGAAGAAUACAGAAAACCACUCCAAUCAGAGUACAUCGCAACCCCAGUCUCAUGGCAAGCUAAACAGCAGGCCUACCGUCCAGUUUGACCAGCCCAACAGGAAGCUUUCCUCAGCCUUCCAGCAGGCCCUGCUGUCCUUCUGCAGAAUGUCCUCAGACAGCCGCCUGGGAGCUGAGGUGUCCCGCAUAGCAGACAGUGAGGAGAGUGUGAUGCUGAUGCUGGGCCGCUGCCUCCCUCAUAUCGUCCCUAAUGUACUCCUAGCUAAACGAGAGAGAAUGGUUGCGCACCUGUGUCAGGAGUUGAUUCCUCUCAUCCUGUGCACGGCCUGUCUCCACCCAGAACCUAAAGAGAGAGACCAGCUCCUCCACAUCCUCUUCAACCUUAUCAAGCGACCAGACGAUGAACAGAGACAAAUGAUCUUGACAGGGUGUGUGGCGUUUGCAAGGCAUGUGGGUCCCACCCGUGUUGAAGCCGAGCUUCUCCCUCAGUGUUGGGAACAGAUUAACCACAAGUAUCCAGAGAGGAGAUUGUUGGUGGCAGAGUCUUGUGGAGCCUUAGCACCAUACCUGCCUAAAGAGAUCCGUAGCUCCCUGGUCCUGUCCAUGUUGCAGCAGAUGCUGGCUGAAGACAAGGCAGACAUGGUCAGAGAGGCUGUGGUCAAGAGUUUGGGUAUCAUCAUGGGUUACAUCGAUGACCCUGACAAGUACUCCCAGGGUUUUGAGCUGAUGCUACUGUCCUUAGGGGAUCCCUCAGAGCGGGUGGUCAGCGCCAUCCACCAGGUCUUCAUCCCUGCCUUUGCUGCCUGGACCACAGAGCUUGGCACCCUGCAAACUGCACUCAUCCCUUCCCUACUGGCACGCAUAGAGAAAUUGCUUGUACAGGGAGAACACGGUUUGGAUGAACACAAGCUACAUAUGUUCCUGUCGGCUCUGCAGUCUCUCAUCCCACCUUUGUUUGCACUGGUGUUGCAGAAUGCACCCUUCACCAGCAGAGCUAAACUCCAUGGAGACAUACCCACUAUUGAGGUGACACGGUUCCCCAGGCCUGCCUCUCCCCUCCAGGAUGUCGCUACCAUCAUAGGCAGCAGGGAGAUGCUGAGCGUCCUGCUUCUUCUCUACAACCACCAGCUAGAGCAUGAAGGAACCACAGGCUGGGACAGCCUGCUAUGGGUGGUCAACCAACUACUUCCCCAGCUGAUAGAGAUUGUGGGCCGCAUCAAUGUGUCCUCAUCAACCUGCGUCCAUGAGUUUUCCCGCUUCUUUUGGCGGUUCUGUCGCACCUUUGGCAAGAUCUUCACUAACACUAAGAUUAAACCACAAUUUCAAGAGAUUCUGCGGCUUUCUGAAGAGAAUGUUGAUGCUGCUGCAGGGAAUGGUAUUCUAACCAAGGCCACAGUCCCCAUCUAUGCCACUGGAGUGCUGACAUGUUAUAACCAGGAGGAGGAUCGCAAGCUGUUGGUGGGUUUCCUAGAGGAUGUCAUGACGACCCUAUCUCUAUCCCACGCACCUCUGGACAGCCUAAAGGCCUCCUUUGUGGAGCUAGGGGCUAACCCAGUAUACCAUGAGUUGUUGCUAACUGUUCUGUGGUACGGAGUGGUCCACACCUCUGCGCUGGUCAGAUGUACUGCUGCUCGCAUGUUUGAGCUGCUGGUGAAGGGGGUGAAUGAGACGCUGGUAGCUCAGAGAGUGGUGCCGGCUCUCAUCACACUGUCCUCCGACCCUGAAAUCUCUGUGAGGAUAUCCACUAUUCCUGCCUUUGGCACCAUCAUGGAGACUGUCACACAAAAAGAGCUGCUUGAGCGGGUAAAGAUGCAGCUAGCAUCAUUCCUAGAGGACCCUCAGUACCAAGAUCAGCACUCUUUGCACAUGGAGAUCAUUAGGACCUUUGGACGGGUCGGACCCAAUGCUGAGCCACGCUUCAGAGAUGAAUUUGUGCUACCCCAUCUCCAUAAGCUAGCGCUCGCUAAUAACAGCCAGGCAGUGGAGAGUAAAAGGAUUGACAUCGCGACUCAGUUGUUUGAGGCCUACAGCGCCCUGUCCUGCUGCUUCAUCUCUGAGGAGCUGAUGGUGAACCACUUCCUGCCUGGCCUCAGGUGUCUUCGGGCAGACAUGGAGCAGCUCUCACCCGAGCAUGAGGUCAUUCUGAGUUCUAUGAUCAAAGAGUGCGAGAUCAAGGUGGAGAACAGGGGCAUUGGAGAUGCACAAGGCUCGAUGUCCAUCGCAUCCAGCUUGGUAGGUGAGGAUGCCAAGACCAAGUUUCUGAGUAAGAUGGGCCAGCUGACCACCUCUGGCGCGAUGCUGGCUAAUGUCUUCCAGAGGAAGAAGUGAUCAGUCAUCUUAAUUGGCUGCCCACUGCACAUAUCCCAUGAGCCUCUGCUCUCUAUGGGACCAUCCCGCCCAGGACCACAGUCAUAGGGGAGCAUCUCAUCUCAGUACACUGCUAUACUUCAACUUAAGAUCACAAAACCUGAUGCGUCAGGCGUUUUUAAUUCGCGAGAAGACGGGUCGCCAGAUAUUGUAAUUUGACGUAACACGGCAAGUCCAGUGGACUUAAUCGUGAUUCGAAGUUGAUCCCGAACAUUUUGCGCGGUAUAGGCUGAGUUUUUCUCCCCUGCUCGUCUCCUUUCCUUGGUCCUUAAGCGUAACAACAGGAUGAGCGAGGGUUGAAGUGUUAUGAUUUUCUUUUAUGCACUAGUGUUGUUAACGUUGUCAUUCCAGGUGAAAGAGGGGGAACAAAAGGGAGAGGCCGAACAGUAUUAAGAUUCACUCGGACUGAUAACAAGGGUCUGGUUUCAUAUAUAUAUAUAUAUAUAUAUAUAUAUAUAUAUAUAUGAGGCCCUAUUUCUGAAUUUCAGUGUCACCUUGGAACUUACUUUUUUCUUCCUUCAGAGAUGCUUCAUUUGUUUCUGGGGAAACAAUACCCUAACUUUGGCCUAUCGGAUUUCCUUUCAAGUUUAAAACGGGCACAAUUUUGGAGCCAAAGGUUUUACUGCAUCUAUAUAAGUUACUGCUUGCAGAGUGAGGUUGUGUGUUCAUAAGGAAUUGUACUGGAACAUUUGGACUCCAAAAUGGCGCUGUCUGUUAAGAUUGCCCCUGUAUGGCUCAGAAGAAUAUCGCCUACUUGAAGUUAAAAAAAAAAAUAUUGACAUGCCUUUCUUUAUUUCCUCAAUGUUUGUCUCUGGUCUUUGUUUUGAAAGUUUCUAUUUUAUAACUUAUUUAUGUCUUAAUGAGAAAAAUUGCAUACUUUAUUUCAACCUCCAAAGAAAUUUGCACUCCACUUUAUUAUUUUUUUUUCUUUUAUCUCAGAGUCUUACACAUGAUGAGGAAAAUGAUCACUACAUUUUUUUUUGUCUGUAAUAAGAUGUUUCAAGAGGACAGCGAUUACCUUCCUUUCCGUCAUGUCUUGGCUCUCUGUGUUGCACUGUCUCUCUGACAAUUUUUUUUUUUUCUAAAAUGGAUAAUCUGCUGCAGGUUAUUUUUUCUCCUUUUUUUUUGUUUUCUUUGUUUUGUUUUUGGAUAUGCUCUGAGACAGAGUAAAUAACUGUAUCAUACACUGAAGUGAAAAUGAUGGUACCCAUAUUAUGUAUAUUUGAAAUUGGUGUCACGGCAUAAUAAAUGA